AUGGCCCUGUCCGUGUGUCCAGCACUGUGUCCAGUGCCCUCGACCCGCGUGGCCUCACCCCGCGUCCCUCACGUCCGUCUGUCCGUGCCGACCCUGCCCCCUCCCCUGCUGACCGCCGCGUGUCCCCACAGGGAGGAGAAAUCCGAGGAGAACCUGCAGCGGCCGCCCAAGGCCAAGAAGCCCAAAAAGGAGCGCAAGGAGCCGGAGCAGCCCGCGGCCGAGCCCGCCGAGGCCGGCAAGGCCGAGAGCUCGGAGGGGGCCGGGGCGGCGCCGGCGGCCCCGGAGGCGUCGGCGUCGCCGAAGCAGCGGCGCUCCAUCAUCCGCGACCGCGGGCCCAUGUACGACGACCCCACGCUGCCCGAGGGCUGGACGCGCAAGCUCAAGCAGCGCAAGUCCGGCCGCUCGGCCGGCAAGUACGACGUCUACCUGAUCAACCCGCAGGGAAAAGCCUUCCGCUCCAAGGUGGAGCUGAUCGCCUACUUCGAGAAGGUGGGGGACACCUCGCUGGACCCCAACGACUUCGACUUCACCGUCACCGGCCGGGGCAGCCCCUCGCGCCGCGAGCAGCGCCCGCCCAAGAAGCCCAAAUCGCCCAAAGGCCCCGGCACCGGCCGCGGCCGGGGGCGGCCCAAGGGCAGCGGCGGCGGAGGCGNNNNGGCCCCCUCCCGAGUCCUCGGGAGUGCCCUGGAAGUUGUGACGUCACGCCACGAUGCCAUUCUCGAUUGCUACGUCAUCACCCCGAUGACGUCAUCGCCGACUAGGGGGCGGGACGUUCUCUCAGGCCCCGCCCCUUUUCCCGCCUUUGCGCGGUUCCGCCACGCUCAAGAUGGCGCCGUUGCCGCGCGCCUGCGCCGGAACGAGGUGGAGCCGAGCAUGCGCCUUUACGACCGGCACGGACGCGCAUGCGCAGUGAGCGCUGCAGCCGUUAAGCGCCACCAUCCGGGGACUGGCGGGCGCCAUCUUUGUGGCGGGUGGAGGAGACGCGUCCAAAAUGGCGGCUCCCAAGCGCCAGUAGCCGGCGCGGCGGGCGGGCUUUUCUCGGCUUUCAGCGCGGCGGCGGCGGCUCGGAGCGAGCGGCGGCGGCGGCGGAAAGCGGCGCCCGGGGUCGGCGGGCGGAGGGUGGCUGCAGGUGCGGAGCGGCGGCGGAGCGGCGCGGAGAGCGGCGCAUCCGGGUCCCGCGGCCGCCGCCAUCUUGGGCCGCCGCGGAGCUGCGAGCUCCCACCUGCGCCAUCUUGGGGCGCCGCAUCGGGGCUGUCCCGGAGGGGGGACGAGAGGAAGGGGCGGCGGGGCCUGAGCGAAGAGCGCGGGGAGCGCUCAAAGCUCCGCUCCCGUUCCGGACAGGCGCCGCCAUCUUGCGCGCGCGGCGAGGAGGAGGAAGAGGAGGAGGACGAGGAGGAAGAUCCGGGCACCGGGCGGCGCCAUCUUGGACUCCCCCUUCCCACAGCAGCGCGCCGCCAUCUUGUGACCCCUCCCCCGCGCACCCGGGCACCGGCCGCUCCGCCGCCUUGGAGCCGCUGCGGUAGCGGAGCCGCACCCGCCGGCUCCGUACAGUUCCCCCGCGCCCCUCCGCCUCCCGCCCCAGCCCCGCCGCUACCGGGCCCGGCCGGAGGCCACCGAGAUGGCGGUGAAACUCCUCCCGGUCCCCCUCCCAAAAUGCCGCCGCCUUUUCCCGUGCCGCCUUCCCCACAAUGUCGCCCCCCGUCCCCGGCCAAGAUGGCGCCGCCCGGGUCCGGAGGGGGCGUGUCCGCGUGGGCCCCGCCCACUCCCGUCGCUUCCCGCCCACCCUCGGCGGCCGCCGGACACAGGCGCAAGAUGGCGGCUCCCAGGGCGGCGUGAGGGGCCGCCGCCGCCGCGCUCCGCCCGCAGCCGCAGCCCCGCGCCGGGAGC